UCAAAUGUGUUUCUCACUUCUGCCACUUCUGAAUGUUCUUGAAAAGUGAAGUUUCUUUCCCGUUAGUCGCUCCGUCGGCAGGAUGCUUCCACACCUUCCUGCGACUUCUACAGCUAACCACAAUCCAAAAACAAGAAGAAGACUCGAGAAACAUUCCUUUUCGACGUUGCACAACUUGUCGGCCUUGCCUUGUCACGGACUGAAUCACCUGCGCUUUGUGCGUGGGAUGUGCUGCGCAUUGUAUUAAGUGAAGCAAUGAUUCUGGUGUUCUCGCGUACUUGUCGACCUUGUCAUUCGCGACAUAUUUGUUUUUGGGACUUGUUCUCUUUUUUCUUGAGAUUUCUGUGGCGUUGUGGACAGAACACAAUGAACUGUCAAGUAUCCAUCCGAUAUCCGGACGAUUCUGGCCCGUUGUUUUACCCUUAGCUGCAGCGUCCAAUUAGCUACACAAUGUGGCUCCCAGGUACAGAGGCAGGACAAACAUCUCAUGCCGACCCAGGCAAUGUGGGUCGUAAUUGUGCCUCACCACCUCUGGAAGGCGGGGAGGCUCCCUGUGAUACUUGCACAGAUCGCGGGCAAGCAGAUACAAGUGAUGACAAGGAGAGCUUAGGAAGUGGUGACACAGAAAUCAAGGCGCAAGAAACAAAAAUGCGGCAUCGCACUGAUAUAGAUCAAGAAGAACAUCCGGAUCUACUGACACUGUUCAACCAGAGUACAGCCACUUCUAACACCUUCACACAUUCCUUUCUCCAGAGUAUAUUGUCUAGUGUUGAAAGCAAAGAUCCAGUUGUUGCCAGUGCCUGGGUUGAGACCUUACUUGACGUGAUGGACUUAUUACCGAAAGAUGUCCUCAGAAAAGAUAUUCUGACACUUGCUGUGAACAAGGGUCAGCUAUCCCAGCCAGAGCCAGCGCGCGUGUUGUGCUGUCGUCUCCUUGGCAAGAUAUGUAUCAAGCUUGACCCCUAUGUAGUGAAGAAAGAAGCCUUACCACUUGUUCAGUCCCUCUGCCAAGAUGUUGAACACACUGUACGAGCAUGCAUGUGUCGGCACCUCGAUUCUGUUACGAGAGCUAUAGGGUUGGAAACAACAAAAAAUGUCAUCCUUCCAGAGCUAGUCGAAAUGGCUAAUGACGAGCAUUGUUCCGUUCGACUAGCCGCUAUUGAGACAGUCGUGAACAUGUUGCCGCUGCUAGAUGAUGAUUCGUGUCGAAACAUCAUCAUACCCUUGGUGAAGAAGUUCACGGAGAGGUCCCUUCACAUAACAGACAGCACACUUCCAGCAGUAUCUAGGGAAAUGGGGCGACUCUGUCUGGGAUUAGCAGAGAGUUUCUUGGAAGAAGAACGGGAGUGGUUUCUAGACCUGUUUCGUCAGUUGGCCCGGUGUGGACUGCCAUCAGACACUGGAGGAGGGGAGGCGACAGACAACUUUACACUUAUGCCAGAUUUAGUUCCUGUGGCCGAGAUUAGCGACAAGCUGGUGCAAUGUCGCAACGCAUGCGCUUACAACUUCCCGGCAAUGGUGGCAUUUGUUGGUCCCCACGACUUCAAAGAGAAGCUUUUUAAGCCUUUCCAAGACCUGUGUCGAGAUCCACAUUCCAUUGUGAGAAGGACCGUCGCUUCAGGCCUGCACGAGGUUGUGCGUGUGUUGGGACGUAGCUCCUCAAUGGUGCUCGAUUCCCUUAUACAUCUACUCUGUGAUACCAAUUGUCCAAGUGUGCUGCUGUCCCGUUUGCCAUUAACCCUUAGCGUGCUUGCUCCAAAUUGCAAGCAACAGCAGCUCGAAAGUCUGAUUGAGGCACUCGAGUGCUGUGAGAGCUCCGUUUUAGUCAGCAGUUGCUGGCGUCUGCACGUCGAAGCACUGCACAGUCUCGGAGCUCUGUCGAGUUGCCACACGCUGCACACUCGAGUCAGCCGUCUGCUUCUGAAUCGACUGCACGCGGCUAGAGCGCUUCCUUGUCGUUUGGCAGCUUCACAUAACCUUCUGCUAUUCCUGCGGGAUGCACCAAGCGAAAGCCACAGGAGGGAGCUUGUGAGCCAGAUCAUACAAAACUUGAGCCAGGGACAAAGCUGUCGCAGCAGGAUGCUCUACGUUCGACUCUGCGGGCAGGCCAUGUUACUCUUCUCCAAGCGCUACUUUAAGGAUAACUUCUUUCACCCUUUGCUGCUCCUUUCAGGAGACAAAGUGGCCAAUGUGAGGUUGAAGGUCUGUGAGAUGCUUCCUAGUCUCAAGUCCUUACUUGUACUUCCACGUGAUGAAAGCAGCUUGCAGCAGUUGGAAGCAGUUGUAGGAAAGUUACUUGCAACUGAAGUUGAUAAAGAUGUCUCAGCUGCUCUGAGAAAUGCCAUUGAUGAACUGGACCGUAUUGAAGUACCUACAGAAAAGGAUUCUGGUUCAAGGAAGUCACCAGGAGUUUUUGCCACAGGGAGUCUAACACAACAAGGAAAGAUCCCCGUUAGAGAACGAAAGGCAACAUCCAGGCUGAUCAGAGAUGUUCCUGUACGCCCUGUCUCUAUGGUUAUGCGUUCUAAUAAAGUUGCAGCUGCCGAAAUUAAGAGGCUUCACCGUUUGUCUCUAGACUCCAAUGGAGUAACCACGGAGAUAAAAUCAUCAAGGAACGAGAAGGCCAAUGGACCUUCGAAACUGGAGAACAGGAUCCCAGUGCGAGUGACACUUGGAGAGCCCCGCCUGGUCUCCUUUCACAUGCCAGCUGGAAUGAGGGCAUUACCGUUGCCUCCCAUCACAUCCCAUUUGCCUGCCUGCAGGAAACCAUCAGAAUCUCCACGAUCUACAAGCAGGAUCCCUACUCCACGAAUGAUUCGACGAAGACCCCAGUCUGAGUGCCUGGAUGGUAUUGUGCCGCGUACUAGUGACCUCUGACCGAUCCUGGGUUACAGCAUGAUGUUAAGACUGAACAGUCCUCGAUGCCAGGGCAUUCAAUUCGUCAAGUUCUGCUAAGUAGCAAAGCACAUGCUUCGAGGGAAGUUUUUUGGGGGGCAUUAGUGCCAUUGCAAAACCAUACCUCCUUUGCAUUGGUCUAUAGCCCAGAUUGGCAUGUAGUCAAGAAUAUGCAGUCAAUAUGCAGUCAAUGUGUAGUCAAUGUAUGACUACACUCUGAAGAGUGUUGAGAUACGUUUACAAAAAUAUUCCUUCAAGUGCUUCCAAAGGAAUUGAUAGUUAUUUUUCUGAAGUGUGCAACAAUACAGAUAACACUACCGACUUGUGAUGUAGUGCUAUGAAGUAAGUAGAGCAGCAAUACUGAAUUCAUGUGCACUUGUAGGCCCAGAGACUUUGAAUUCCAUGAAAUUUGUAAGUUGUUGAAUUUUUGGGCAUGCUCACCCUCCCUCAUCCUCGCUUGUGUGCGAAAGACCUUACAUAUUGGUACGUGUGACUGCUGCAAUUAUAGACAACAUGAUGUCAUAUUCUAUAUGCCAUCUGGCAUGUACGCCAAAAUAUUUGCCAAGUGCACUAAAGCUUGCUGCACGCAGAUGUCGAUCACACUACAUUGUCCAUUUUGGCGACCGUACCCACAAUUGCUGCAACCACCACUGUGGAGCAUCAACAGCUUGUUUUGCAGGUCAUUUUCAUCACACUGCGGCAUUCAUUGGCUUUUACAGCGAGCCUCAGCUAACUUCAGCCAGCAUGCAAGGAUAAAGAUCCCCAAACUUGUUCACUUGCCAGCAGAACCAUAUGCCGGUGACGUCAUCUCACCCUCAUCAUAGCCUUUUUUUGUUUCUUUCUUUUGUUAGAUGGGCAUGACCAUAAACAAGUAUGGAGCCAAACCUAGGCAUGCAUAACCCCAGUGAAGUGCCUUGUUUAGCGAUUCAGGCAUCUGAACGCAGGUCUGAAAAGUAGGUAGGCGAUGUGCAAAUCAGGACCUGGAAAACUCAACAAAGGAUCCCAAGCAUGUAGACGUUCUCUGUACCACGAGAGAAGCAUCAAGGUGCAAUGCAUUUUUACAAAAAUUGCUUUUGGGUCUUAUGCAGUUCUGCACAAAAUGCAGGACAGGCAUUGUGAUAUCGGUGUUUUUUUUCCCUCUAUGUGUCCACAUCACAUUGUUAUCUUAUCAUUGGUCUAUUGAUAGAAGGAAGAAUGCAGCUUUCGGAAGUCCUAGUCCUGUUUUUUUCGUUUUUGAAGAUGAGAAGGAAAUAUAUUGGGUUAUAGAUUUUACUGCCAUGUGUCCAACUAAUUUUAGAGAGAGAGGACUUGCACAUGCUGUUAUUAUGAAACAAAAGUUGCAAAAAACCAUAAGUGAAUUUGUCACUCCAUACCAUUGAUGUCACUCCGUACCUUUUGUUUUCCUGCCUAUGUUCCAUUGUGCCUACUUUCAAUGCUUGACUAUGUUAGCACCCUACAGUGCUUCAAAUAUAAUAAUUCUGCAUAGCAAGAGGUAUGCAGUCUGCAACUCAGGCAAAAGUCAGGUGUAAUAGAACUCUAUUUUUAGAUGUUUGUGGAGAGACCAGAAUGUCAAAGUGCAUAUUUACUUUUGUGCUACAUGGAUUUCUCAGGAAGGAUGAAUGUUUGACUCAUCUAUAUGUACACAAACAUUGUCUUUCAUAGAUACCGUUCAUGCAUUUUAUUUCACUCCAUCACCCGUUCAUGCAUUUUAUUUCACUGUGCUUUGCUCGAAUCACUACUUUUUGUUUUUCAGCACACAUUUUAUGUUCUAUCCUCACAUAAAAAUGUGCAAACAUGCUGGAAAUAGCAUAGCUAUAGCAUAUUUGUAAGUUAUUCUUUUAAUAUCCAUUGCCGAUCUAUGCACACCAAAGGGCACUACACAAAACUUUACUUUGUCACGAAGCAUAGUCACAACGUGCCGAUAAAUACACACAGAGGAGGACAUAUACAUAUAUUAAUGCAUAUAUAUUUUACUUUGCACAGUUCAUUUGCAUAUUUUUAUCACAAGCUCCCGUGAAACUGACCCAGGUACUUCCUUCAACAUGUCUCACGUGUGCAGUAGAAUAGCCACGUUAUAAUAAUGAGUGUGCAAUUUGUGCUUUCCAUGACACUGUUUCAGUUGUUUAGUCACUCUGUUAUUGGUAAUAUUCAUAACAUGACAUGGGCCUGUGCACAUAUUUUGAGUUUCAAAUACGUAUAUUAUGUAUACAUUUUUUAUUACUGGCUACAUUUGGCUGGAAACAUUAAUGAGAGUACAUUUGAACAUUCAGUCCUUUGUCAGUAAUGCAAAAGUGAGAGGCAAAACCUACUAGUUACAUGUAGGCAGAUGUAGAAAUGAAAAUUUGCUUAGAAGUUAAGUAAUUAACUGUGCUGGCUUUUUUUUCGUAUCAGGGCACCUUGCUUUCCUUUUGUGUGGUUCUUCUACUUUCUUUCCUUUUGUAAAGUACAACAUAACCCUUUCGGCAGGUUACGAGGCCAGGCAGACAUCCUGUAGGACAGUGUAUGCAACGACUGGACUAAUUAGCUAUAAUUAAUUAAUUAGUUUAGUAAUAACCUUAAUUAAUAAUAACCUUAUUUAUUAAAAAAUCUGUAAUGAAUAAAAAAAAACACCCUGCAUAUAAUACUUAAUGGGCUCUACAGUCACCACCACUAAUUUCAUGUGGACCAAACGAGUAAACAGUAACGCAAGCCUAUGUAUGCAGUUGAAUGCUGCAAAUGUGGACAUCCCUGCACUGUCCCUUUAAGAGAGCAAACGCCACAUUAAAGCCAGCGCAACUCAUUCUUGUGCCUUAUUGACGUCCAUUGCCGUUAUGGCUGAUUAUAGUUUGUGACGAGACUAUACGGAGGCUCAUUUGGAGGCUGUGUCCUACCUUUGGUAAAAUUUAUAAUUUCCAGAAUGUCCAUUGACCCACUGAGCGGGCAUGAGAUGUUUGUGCUUGAUUUCACAUGUAGGUUGCCAAACAUUGAGCAGUUUCAAACUUCGCAUUUGGUGCUGCAGGCUUGGCCUUUCCAGGCCUGCUAGCUUUGAAGUCUUCCUGACCCACAGCGUGAAUGUUCACAAUUUCUGUGCUCUUCUUCUUUCAUGCUUUUCUUUCAUCUUUGGAGUUCUUGCUUGUAUAUGGUAGUGUCCACCAACAGUACUGCGUUCUCCCCAAAAUCUUUCCACUGCGUUGUAAUCAUAUAAUCCCAUCUAACUGUACAGUAAGGGAGAAUUUCUACGUAGAAGGUAUUUCAAUGCCUUCUCUCUUCAUGCUCUUUUACCAAUAUAUUCUUUAACACCAUCAAGCAUAGUCUGUCUGCAAAAAAAUCAUUUGAUUGCAUUACAUCCAUCAAAUUUGAGUGCAUUAAGAUCUGUGAGUCAUCACACUAAGCGCAGUGAUAUUACCCAUCAACUUAUCAAAGUCAUGAACUAUGAUAUUACCAACAUCAACCAUCCAGUUGUCAACUUUCUGUGGUACAUCACAACCUUAUUGCGAGGGAAGCACAAGUCAUUGUUAUGUUCGUUAAAUUUAUGGCUGAAGUUGCUGCAUGUGCAAUUGUGUCAUGGAUACAUAUACCUUUUGUUUACUGAAACUUUCCAUGUUCUCAUUAGCGUAAUAUAUUUAAAAGUCAGUACUCUUACUAGGUUUCUGUUACAAAGUGCAAUUUUGGCUGCGCAGUUUGCACAGCCAAAAUAAACUCUUAACAUCAGUAGAUAUUGUUCUUAUAACAAAGGCAGGUUAGUAAGUUCAUAGUAGGUAUUCCUCAUUUUUAGUUAUCAUCAUGUACAUUAUUGAUGGUCUAGAAGUUUUAUCGUUUUUUACUUGUUACCACAAAUAUUAUUGAUGAUCUGAAAGUUUGUUAUAUACAGAAUGUGGGGAACUUACCAAAGAUGUGAUCUAUGCAAGAUUUCUUUCUUUGACACAUCAAGAGCAUGUGCAAAAGAGCAAUUGUACAAGUUGGCAUUAAACCAUUGCAAUUAUUUCUACUA